AUGACCAUAGCGCUGGCGUUGAGGGUGGUCGCGGUGUUGGCAGCCGCGGUGCUGGCCGCAGUGCUCUUGGAACACUACGGCCUGGCCGGCCAGCUCUCGCCACAGCCUCAGCCCCGUCGCUCUUGGAGCCCGCAGCCCGCGCCGGGCUCGGGAGACAACAACAUCUUCUGGGGUCUGCAGAUAUCCGACAUUCACUUGAGCAGGUUUCACGAUCGAGGCAGAGCGGUAGACUUAGAGAAGUUCUGUUCUGAAACUAUUGACAUCCUGCAACCAGCUCUCGUCCUAGUCACAGGAGACCUGACAGAUGCCAAAACCGAGGACAAGUUGGGAUCCAUGCAACAUGAAAUAGAAUGGCAGACUUACCAGGGUAUUCUAAAAAAGACAAGGGUCAUGGAAAAAACCAAGUGGCUAGAUACCAAAGGAAAUCAUGAUGCAUUCAACAUUCCAAGUCUCGAGAGUGUUGAGAAUUAUUACAGGAAAUACUCUGCUGUACGCAGGGAUGGCUCUUUCCAUUACGUCCACAGUACUCCUUUUGGCAACUAUUCUUUCAUCUGUAUGGAUGCCACCCUCAAUCCAGGGCCCAAGAGACCCUAUAAUUUCUUUGGAAUUUUAAAUGAGAAACAAAUGGAAGAGCUUUUCUUAUUGGCCAAGGAAAGUAGUCGGAGCAACCAUACUAUUUGGUUUGGACAUUUUACAACAUCUACUAUCCUUUCUUCUUCACCAGGAAUCCGGUCACUGAUGAAUUCAGCUACAGCUUAUUUCUGUGGACACCUACAUACACUUGGUGGACUGAUGCCUGUUUUACACACCCGACACUCCCAAGGUACUUUGGAACUUGAGAUAGGAGACUGGAAAGAUAACAGAAGGUACCGGAUCUUUGCUUUUGAUCAUGACCUUUUUAGCUUUGCAGAUUUGACCUUUGGCAAGUGGCCUGUGGUUCUCAUCACCAACCCUAAAUCACUCCUCUAUAGUUAUGCCAAAAAUGAACCACUAGAAAGACUUCUUCACUCAACACACAUCAGAGUCUUGACCUUUUCCUCAUCCGCCAUUAUUUCUGUCACAGUUAAGAUUGAUGGAGUUCACUUAGGACAGGCUCUUCAUUUGUCAGGUCCUAUUUUCAUAUUAAAGUGGAAUCCCAGAAACUACAGUAAUGGAACACACAGCAUAGAAGUAACUGUCCAGGAUUCUGCUGGAAGAAGAAAGACUGUUAGUCAUGUAUUUUCUGUUGAGGAGAAUCUUCAUCUCACUUUUGAUCCACUGGCAUCAUUUAUUCUCCUGACUGACCACUAUAUUGUGGCCCGGGCCAUUUUUGUGCUUAUUGUGCUGAUCCAGCUCACCGUUCUCAUUAUUUUUAGGUAUCGAAAACUUCCAGAACUUAAAGGCCCUCCAGGAUUUGUAAAUCUGACUUCAUUUUCUCUUCAUGUUGUGAGCAAGAUAAAUCUCUUCUACUAUUCUGUGUUGCUGCUGACCCUAUAUACAGUACUGGGACCAUGGUUUGUUGGUGAAAUCAUUACAGGAAAAAUGGGUUGCUGCUUUUCUUUUGGUAUCUUUGUUAAUGGACAUUUCCUACAAGGCAGCUCAACAUUUGUAGUUGGAAUUCUUCAGCUGGUGUUUUUUAACAUCCCCUUGAUGGCUUACCUGUGCUGGAGCUUAUUGCAACGGUGUUUUGGUCACAACUUCUGGUCUCAUCUCCACCAAGGAACAUACUUGAAAAUUAUACCUGUUCACCUACUCAUGCUACUACUGUACAUCUGGCAAGCUUAUUCCUGCUACUUUCUUCAUGUGACAUAUGGCACCCUUGCUUUUUUCUUCUCCCCUUUACGGACCUGGUUGACACUACUGGCACCUAUUCUCAUUCGUUAUGUGUGGACACUGAACCCCAUUGAACUUGGAACUUUCAUUGCACUGUUAAAAAGCCACUUGAGCUCCUGA